CCGAUGGGUCUGGAGAAUCUGAAGAUCGAUGACUUCCAGCUCCACGCCUCCAGCACCAAACGCUACGGGCUCGGAGCUCACCGCGGACGCCUCAACAUCCAGGGCGGUCUGUACGAGGACGACCUGUACGACGGCGCCUGGUGCGCAGGCAGAGACGACGCGCUGCAGUGGUUGGAGGUUGACGCCCGCAGACUCACCCGCUUCACUGGAGUCAUCACCCAAGGGCGCAGCUCCCUGUGGGCGAGCGACUGGGUGACCUCGUAUAAAGUCAUGGUCAGUAACGACAGCCACUCGUGGACGAUGCUGAAGAACGGCUCCAAGGAUCUGAUUUUUAAGGGAAACUGGGAGAAGGAAAUCCCGAUCCAGAACCUGUUCCCGAGUCCCGUCGUGGCUCGGUACCUCCGGAUCAACCCCCAGACCUGGUACCACAAGGGCGGGGUCUGUCUGCGGGCUGAGGUCCUGGGGUGCCCUCUGCCAGAUCCCAAUAAUUAUUACCACCGAAGGAACGAAGUCAUCACCACAGACGAGCUGGACUUUAAACACCACAACUACAAAGAGAUGAGGCAGUUGAUGAAGGUGGUGAAUGAGAUGUGUCCAAACAUCACUCGGAUCUACAACAUCGGGAAGAGCUUCAGCGGACUCAAACUGUACGCCAUCGAGAUCUCAGACAAUCCUGGAGAACACGAAGUCGGGGAGCCAGAGUUUCGAUACACGGCCGGUUCCCACGGUAACGAGGUGCUGGGCCGCGAGCUCCUCCUGCUGCUGAUGCACUUCCUGUGUGUGGAGUACCUGAACGGAAACCCAAGAGUGCGCCACCUGGUGGACGAGACCAGGAUCCAUCUGCUGCCGUCUGUCAACCCCGACGGAUACGAGAAGGCCUAUCAGCUGGGUUCUGAGCUGAGCGGCUGGUCUCUGGGGCGCUGGAGUCAGGAGGGCAUAGACAUCCACCAUAACUUCCCAGAUCUGAACUCCAUCUUAUGGGAGGCUGAGGCAAAGAAGCUGGUCCCCCGGAGAGUCCCCAACCACCACCUGCCCAUCCCCGACUGGUACCAGGAACGCAACGGCUCGGUGGCAGUGGAGACACGAGCCCUGAUCUCGUGGAUGGAGAAGUUCCCAUUCGUCCUCGGGGGAAACCUCCAGGGGGGGGAGCUGGUGGUCACCUUCCCCUACGACAAGACUCGAUCUGUGGGUGUGAUACGCAAGGCCAGCCCCUCCCCCGACGACCACGUGUUCAGGUGGUUGGCGUUCUCGUACGCGUCCACACAUCGCCUCAUGACGGCGGCUCAGAGGAGGGUCUGUCACACCGAGGACUUCGCCAAAGAGGACGGCGCCAUCAACGGGGCGGCCUGGCACACUGCACCCGGGAGCAUGAAUGACUUCAGUUACCUGCACACAAACUGUUUCGAGCUCUCCAUGUUCGUGGGCUGUGAUAAGUUUCCUCACGAGAGCGAGUUACCGGAGGAAUGGGAGAACAACAGGGAGGCUCUGCUCGUCUUCAUGGAACAGGUGCACAGAGGAAUCAAAGGAGUGGUCAAAGAUCUUCAGGGUCGACCCAUCGCCAACGCAACCAUCUCUGUGGAGGGCAUCUACCACGACGUCAAGACAGCCGCAGACGGAGAUUACUGGCGUCUGCUGAACCCGGGGGAGUACCGCGUGUGGGCCCGGGCGGUGGGCUUCGCGUCCAGCUCUCGCAGGUGUGAGGUGGGCUACGACCCCAAACCCACGCCCUGCCACUUCACCCUCACCAGGACCAACCUGUCGCGCAUCCGGGAGAUCAUGGAGCGCUUCAACAAGCAGCCCAUCCGACUCAAGCACCUGCACGUACCACGCGGCGACGGGCCAAUCAGAGCCAGGCACCCGGAACACAGACCAAUCAGGGAGAGGGAGAGGAGGGAGGGGCGGGACUAG